CCGUCUCCAAAGCGACCUUGAGGCGUUUCGGGUGGCCCGAGCCGCACUCGGCCAUCCUGGCCGCUCGGCUGGUGUCCUCGGUGCAGGCAGCGAUGGCCUCCACGGCCGGCUACAUCAUCUCCUCCUCGUGUCACCACGUCAUCGACGACCAGCACUGGCUGGCCGGGGUGUACCCCGAGUUCGCCGUCCCCUACUUCAUCUACGACGUCUACGCCAUGUUCCUGUGCCACCGGCACCGGGGGCGGCUCAAGGGCCACGAGGCGGCUCCGGCCCCGGCUCUGGCGGCCUCUGCUGGCGCCUUCCUGCGGCGGGACCUGCUCAUGGUGCUGCACCACGCCGCCAUGGUGCUGGUCUGCUUCCCCGUGGCCACCCUGUGGCGCCAGGGCAAGGGCGAUUUCUUCUUGGGGUGUCUCCUGAUGGCCGAGCUCAGCACCCCCUUCGUCUGCCUGGGCAAGGUUCUCAUCCUGCUGCAGCUGCAGCACACGGCUCUGCACAAGCUCAACGGGGCCGCGCUGCUGGUGACGUUCCUGCUGUGCCGGGUGCUGCUCUUCCCGUACCUGUACUGGGCGUACGGGCGGGCGCGGGGGCUGCCGCUGCUGCGGGUGCCCUGGGCGCUGCCCCCGAGCUACAACGCGGCCGCCGCCGCGCUCCUGGCGCCGCAGCUCUACUGGUUCCUCCUCAUCUGCCGCGGCGCCUGGAGGCUGUGCCGGGGGCGGCCCCGGGACCACCCCCCCUGA